AUGCACUUGAUUUCUUCAGGCGGUACUGUCGGCCGAGGAGGAGGUCCACAGGCGCUUGCCAUCCUCUCUCAACCGCCAAAGACUAUCAACCAGUACUUGCGAGUUACUAUCCAGGGGGAGGUUAUGGAGCAAGACUUUGGCCUACCGGCCAUGGCUCUGCGCACGCUGGAGACCUACACCACAUCAGUGCUAAAGGUCGAUCUCUCGCGCCCGACGGAGGUCAAGGAUACGUGGCGAGCGCUUAUGGAUGAGAUGUCGGAGGUAUCUCGCACACACUAUCGGUCCAUUGUCUUCCAGGACGACCGUUUUGUAGACUACUUCAGAGCGGCUACACCCGAGACCGAGUUGGGAAGACUCAACCUCGGCAGUCGUCCUCAGAAACGCAAAGCAGGGGGAGUAGAGACACUGCGAGCCAUCCCCUGGGUGUUCGCCUGGACCCAAACACGUCUGCACCUGCCCGUAUGGUUAGGACUAGGGUCUGCCCUGGGCCAUACCAUCUCGGACGCCGAGAAAAUUACUGUGCUGCGCGAAAUGUACCGAGAAUGGCCCUUCCUGCGGUCGUUCUUUGAUCUGAUUCAGAUGGUGUUGGCUAAGGCAGACCCACGCAUCUCGAGUUACUACGACGAGAAGCUUGUGCUCGAUGCUGGCCACCGUGAAUUCGGGGUGGAGUUGAGGAAACUGCUGCAGGAAACCGUGGAGAAUGUGCUGGAUGUGUCGGAACAGAAGGCGUUGUUAGACAAAGACCCUGUGCAGCAACGGGCCCUGAACAACAGGCGAGAGUGGCUUAAUCCGCUCAACCUGGUGCAGGUGGAAGCCCUGAAGCGACUGAGAGAGCAAGCGCGGCAGGGAGUGGAGGUGGACCCGAAUGAGCGGAAGGGUCUGGCCGAUGCACUUAUUAUAUCUAUGAAGGGGCUGUCGUCUGGUCUGCAGAACACUGGUUAGACGGGGUUCUAUAUUUAGAUUAUAAUAAAAAUUGAAUUCGGCAUGAUUGUAACUGUUAAUCGGCUGGACUGCGUACUAUUUGUGAGGUAGGAUUCUACCAGCAGGCUAACGAACAAUGCUUGAUUUAGGC